GCGCUACAUUACCGACUGUCAACUGCGUACACAGGAGACUUAACGGAUUUCGGUUUUCUUCUUCCGAACUACCAUACGUACACCUUAAGCUCCCCCGUUGAGUUUCUCUUGUCACUUUCUAGACGAUGGAUGAUAAACCACCACCUUACAGCCCUUCGGCCCCUUACCUCGCUAACGCUGGACCGGCUUAUCCCAGCGCUUAUCAGGCGCCAUACCCUCCUGCCGUUCCUCCCCAGUCAGGCGUGCCUUAUGCCCCAUAUCCCCCUCCUGUCGGUUUCGUCACACCCGGUGGUCCGAAUUAUAUGCCCCACGUACCUCCCCAAAGUGGCGUGUGUACCCAACAGCCGACUGCACCUCCAGUGACGGUAGUCCAUUUCGGUCGCCACCCUGUCCUCGUCACUUGUCCAUACUGCCGGAACCACGGUAUGACAUCGGUGCACCCCGAAUCCGGUUGCCUGGCUUGGCUUCUCUGUGCAUUAUUUUGCGUAUUCGGCUUAUGGUGCGGAUGUUGUCUCAUUCCAUUCUGCAUCGAUUCUGUGAAAAAUGUCACCCACAUGUGUGCCGUCUGCCGUCGUCGAAUCGGCCAUUAUGCCCCAUUGUGAUUCUUUGGAAGGCGAUUUACGGACCAGCUCUGAUCGUGCAGCUGUCUUCGAUCCAGCACUAUAUGCAUUCGCAUUAUUAUAUAUUAGAUUAUACCUACGGUGCUAUGAUCUUUCAUAUAUUAAAUUUCGGAUUCAACGUAUCACGGCGUUUGAUUCCAUUAUCCUACAUUUCUUUGCCUGCGCUCUUCCUAUCAACAAUAUAUUCUACCCGGUGCGUUCGCUUAAUUGAUUCCCCCCACUGUGCUUUCUCUUUCUUCCAUUAAUAAAGUCCAUUGAUCAA